GGUCCGAUUGAAGGCGAUUCGGGCGAAGGCCGCUCGCUUUGCUGAAAAUGGUAGGCGGUAAAGCAUUGGGCUGUGAGUUACAGUGGGCAAAGCCCCUAAAAGGUUCGAAUAGCGCCAGCCGAGGGCAACCUGAAAGGCGUACUGUACUUCAGUGGUUCCCCUCAGCCACUCAGAGACUUUGUCGGCGCGCACUAAAGUUUUAGCGCCAAUGGAAGGGGUCAGCCACUAUCUUCCAUCUCUCUCCUUUUGAGGGCUAGAGCUCCCGUCAGGACGGGAGCUCGUCCUACAGAGGUUGCCCUCCAUCCGAGAUCACCAACGUUGGAUCCUUGCAUAACCAUGCUCGGCUCUGAGCUUUCGGCAUGUGUCCCGUGCUGCUGGGGCGACGAGUUUGCCGCGUUCCGCCACGACUUCUCUGCCUCGCACGGCAACCAGACGCCCGACGAGUAUCUAGGCGGGUUAAGCGACGGCGGUGAGGACGAUGACUUUGAUAGCGGAAGCCCCGAGGCAGUUGCCAGGACGGUUGCGAGAUUCAUGGAGAGUGCUGCCGGGCACUUCAACGGCCCCAGCUCCAUGUACCAGACCGAAGUAGUGGCAGCAUUCUGCAGGCAACCGACAUCUGACCCCUGGCAGGCAAUGAAGGCGAAGGGCCAAAAAAGAUGGGUGGCUUUCGUUUACGAGUGGGAGAACAAGCCAUCACAAACAAGACGAUGCGGCCGAGCCGCUGUGCCCUUGACACAUGAGACCUUGCUCCAAAAGCUCUGUCACAAGCGGUUCGUUGACCCGGACCAACCAGAUUCCAGCGUUGAGCUGGACGCUGAUCGACGCCUCAUAUACAUCGACAGCCUAGACCCCCUGAUCAUCUCGAUUCUGGCAAAGACCACCACCUGCCUGGAGACGCCCGUGGUCCAACGGACGAUUCUCCGCUACUUGACAGCCCGGACUUGCUUCGACGCCCACAUUGCGGUUAGAGGCUUCAAGACGUUCAGCCUCGAGCUCAACAUUUCGUACUUCAGUCUCCGGCGAGGCAGUCGGCCAAUCCUCGACCAGAGGGCGAGGUGGGAUGGGAAAGGACACCUAAGGGAGACACUAUGUUCCCCGAGGGACCCAACUAGCCCCUCCUCCACACCUGGCGCUCUGUACAGCAUAUAUGAGACGCAGCUAUCCGUCGCAGUCACGGGAGUCGACCAUUGGCGCUGGACGGCGUGGGCCCUUGUCGACAGCUGGUUUGAGCCCCAAGACUCGGUCUCGGAGUACCAUGAGGGCGGCGAGACCACAGCUCAGCUAGAUCCGCUGGCGGCCGGUCAAGUCGAAGUCGACCCUCCAACAAGGUACCCCAGAGAAUACUUUCUGAAAGUAUUUGAGAUUCGGAUCCUCGAGAUAGAGAAAGAGUGGAACUACACGCUGCAGGUGCUGCGGGAAGAGGUGCAGCGAAUCGGCGUGGAUCCCCUCUUCGCCUCUCCCCAGCGGAGCUUCGAGAGCGAGCAAGGCCGCGAGAAGAUCCGCAGGCUGUCGACCUGGAACGGUGAUAUGAUACGGCUGGUCGGGACGCUGCUGAAAUCGCUCUCCCGGACGCUGGGCGCCUGGGACAUCUUCCAGAAGACGGACAUCGGCUAUUUCCUCUACGACGAUGCGUCGUGCAGCAAACGACCCGAGCAACUGCUGCCGUCCUUGCGCAUCAUCGAGAAGACCUUCCUUAAUCUCCACGUCACACGCCAGGAGCUGGAGCAGGUGAGGUGGAGUGUCGAAGAGCUUGGGCGGGGACUGGCGAGAGGCGAGAAGAACUACGGCACCUUCGUCCAGCAACGCACAGGCGAGCACAUCAAGCUGCUGACCUGGGUCACAAUCAACGCUUGUUUCGAGACUGAGCGGUCUGCGAACGAGGCCGACAAAUCUAUCGCAGCUGCCACGAGCCAAGAGCAAUGAUGCGAACUGCAUGGCGUGAUCACACCAUGCUGCCGUAUCCAACUGGCUGCCUUCACCUGACGUAUUGCAUAUCUUGAUCGACCCCCUUCACUCCACGCACUCAAAUCAUAAAGGGCUUGGAGACAUUCGUUUCAUUAUCUAGGCUUUGCCGGCAACACGAACACCAUGAAGACACGCACAGAAUAUAGACAUUAGCUAGGGUCUGUUACUUCUUCUGCCUCCAUAUCAACAUAUUAGAUCGCAAGACGACAUACACCUGUCUGCACCCUUCACGCCAGUCAUUAUCGAGUCAAGGA